AUGCCUAGUUAUGUGAAGUUCAUGAAGGAUAUACUAUCUAAGAAGAGGAGAAUGGACGAUUAUGAGACAAUAGCCUUGACUGAAGAGUGCAGUUCCAUAUUACAGCGAAAGCUUCCUCAGAAAUUGGGACUAGGAGAAGCUCGCCCCACCAUAGUCACACUUCAAUUGGAAGACAGAUCAGUCAAGCAUCCUCGAUGUAUUAUUGAAGAUGUUCUUGUGAAGGUGGACACAUUUAUCUUUCGUGCAUAUUUUAUAGUACAUGACAUGGAGGAAGAUGAGGAUGUUCCUAUUAUCUUAGGGAGGCCAUUUUUAGCCACUGGGCAAGCAUUGCUAUAUUUACAGAAGGGGGAGUUAAAGUUAGGGGUUCAAGGUGAAGAGGUGGUCUUAAAUGUGUUCAAGGCCUUGAAUUAUCCUCAGGAAAGUUACAGUUAUUGCAGUGUGAAUGUUUUAGAUGAAGAUUGUUCAAAGGGGAAGCCUACAGAAGAUCCUCUUGAGUUGAGUCUGAUAUCGAGUCUAGAAGAAUGUGAUGGCACUAUGGCCAUUGAGUAUGUGAAAUGGUUGAAUACAGCUGGGAAAAUUUACAAGAAAAAGUAUGAAGAAUUGGGUCAAGGGUCUGAGCUACCACUUCCAUCCAUAGAGAAGCCACCAACUCUAGAGAUGAAGUCUCUACCUGAGCACUUUUGCUAUGCUUAUUUGGGUGAGAAAGAGACAUUGCCUGUCAUUAUUUCUGCUUCUUUAUCUACUAUGGAAGAAGAGAAAUUACUCAGAGUAUGA